UUAAUUAAUUGUUUUUCUACAAAAAAGAUGAAUUAAAAGUUACUAUUUAUACUAAUUGCCUUAGCAUCCAUCUUUUUUAACUAAGUAGCAUGCUCAGAAAAGGUAGAAAUUGAUCUUGUACAUACCUUAAGAUAAAAAUUUGAUAUAAAGAGUGUAACAUCUGGAGAAUUUUAAAAAAUUAGGAAUCAAAAGAUUUAGCAAAUAAUUUAAAAGUUCGAAAAAUAAAAUAAAGCAUAGAUAAAUAAGUUAAAUUUAGCAUCAACACCUCAAGAAAUAGAAGAAAAUAUUCAUAGAAGCUAUUCUACAUUCAAAGAAAUCGUGACUCUCACAAAUUUUAUUAACUUUUAAUAUAUUGGUUAAAUCAAAGUUGGAUCAUCAAAUUAGUAAUUUACAGUACUUUUUGAUACAGGCUCGAAUCAGCUUUGGUUACCUUAGGAUUAAUGCUAGUAAUGCACUUUUGCAAAUAGUAGAUAUACAUGUCAAACAAAUACUUGUUCUAAUACAACUUAAGAUAUUGCAUACGGUUAAGGCAAAGUGAAAGGAUAUAAUUCGAAAGAUUUAAUCACUGUAGGUAAUAAGUCUACUUUUUACCCUUUUCUUUCUGUCUUUUAAGCUUAAGAUUUAGAUGGAUUCUAGAGUGAUGGAAUAAUGGGAAUGGGUGUAUCUAAAAAGGACAGUCUAGUUAAUAAAUUGUAUAUGGAGAAAAAAAUAGAAAAAAAUUAAUUUUCUUUUAAGCUUUCUUCAAUUGAUUUAAGUUAGUAUUCAAAAGACCAACAAAACAUGGCAACAGAUAAGAAUUCAUAAUUAAUAUUAGGUGGAUAUGAUGAUUAGUUAAUAAGUGAAGACAGUAUAAAUUAUUUCUAGGUUGUAAGCAAAAGUUAUUGGGCUAUUAAAAUGCGUUCAGCAAGAUAUAAUAAGUAAGACAUUUUUAAUGGCAAAAAUGAAUUAAGAUUAGCUUUGAUCGACACUGGUACUAGUUUGAUUCAUAUGCCUACAGCUGAUUAUUAAGCAUUUAAUAGGACGGUAUUAGAAAAAUCAAGCAAUAAAGGAUGCUUCGAGUUUGGAUUGCUUAUAUGUGUGUGUAAUUAGAAACAAAUACCUAAUUUCCCAACAAUUAGUUUAACUUUUACAGAUGUUGAUAAUAAUGACCAAAUAAUUAAUAUUUUACCAGAAUAUUACAUCAUGUAUUAAGAUGGUUUUUGUGUAUACUUGGUAGCUGAAUUUCCUGAUAUGGGCAUUAACAAUAUGUGGAUAUUAGGAGAUGUUUUUAUGAGAUAGACAUAUAACAUAUUUGACUAUGAUAGACAAGCUAUUGGUAUUGUUAAUUUGUAGCCAGAAGACGAAGAAGGUCAUCAAAUAAAAAGUGGUACAUUUAGUGGCUUUGGUAAAUUAGUUAUAAUGCUAUUAGUAAUUGGUAUUGGAGCCUUUUUAGCAAAUUACAUUUAUUAAAAUUACAUUAAAAACAAUUCCAAUAACUAAUAACAAAACUAUCAAGGCAACUAUUAAUAAUAUUAGCCUUAGUAAAGCUAUUAACCUCCUUAGUAAUAUUACUAAUAAUAGCCUCCUCAGCAAUACUAUCAAUAGCCACCAGCUUAAUAUAAUAACUAAAACUAUUAAAACAUUCCUCUUUAGCCAUUAAACUAGUAAUAAGUUUGA